UGUAUGUUUAAACAAAUUUUGUUUGUUUUGUUUUAAACAGGUCAUUUCAAAUGAGCUGUAGUGCUGUUGAAACAAAAUUACAUGAUCAGGCUUUGGCAUGGCAGACAGCCGUCAACUGUCAAAAUGGUGGCGAGAAAUGUCUGUACAGUAUUUCAUCAGAGACUGGCACAACCUUGAAGAUUAUUCAUGAGACACCCGUCCACAAUUACAAGGAUACUGUGACCUUCACCUUCUCUCAAGGUAGCACAGCUGAUUCCUGCAAUGUUCAUGGUUAUUCCACCUCACAGACAUGGUAUGCAGUAUUGGAUUACAGUACUAACUAUUGCAACAUGAGAAAUCUUCUUGAAGGUUCAAAUCUUCACACCAGUACUGGGUUCACUGAGACAACAGAUGAUAGUAUCUGCACACAAUACUCCAAGAGAAAUUGUGACAAAUACUAAACUUCUUAUAUUUAUUACUAGUUAAUAAACAUAAUUAAACUAUAUAAAUACAAA